ACAGUUCAGUGGUUUGAGGUCAUAAUAAAAACAUUCACCAUAAUAAUAAUAUACUGUUAUUGUCAUAUUAAAUAAUACAUUUUUUUUCCAUUUUUUUUAUUCAUUCAUAUUUURAUUGUCAUUUUUAUGUGGUAAACCGUAUGCGAUAAUUAUUUGUUAUACGUGUUUCAGUGUUUAUGGUAAUUAAUAAUAUUAUUAUUAGUUGUUACGGAAAUUGAGAUUUAUUAAAAUUACAAAAUUCAAAACAAAAAUACUGACGAAGACUAACAUUAUCGGACUGUGAGAAAACAAUAAAUAUCAAAGCAAAAUGGUUUACAUAUCUCAAAAUGGAAAUUUACACGAAACUGUUCCCAUGAAGAAAAAAAUUGUAGACACAUUUUGGGGUGUUAUAAACUUUGUUUCAUUUUUUGUUCAAAGUUUAGUAAGGCCUAACUUAACUAGAUGGGGUAAUCAAUAUACAGUUACUUACAGGCGUCCUGGUUCUUCUUCAAGCGGAACUCUUAGGCCUCAGCGGCGUUUUGGUGGAUUUGGCCCUAGUACAUCUGCCCCAGCUCCUCCAUCAACAUGUAGUAGCUGUAUGGGAUGAAUGUUAGUUAACCUAUUAUAUAAUAAUUGAUUUAUCUAWAUAACACCAUUUAUAAUUAAUUAAUAAACAGAUAAAAAUAAUCUAGUCUUAUAUCCAAGUAAAAUUUAUUACCGAACAUUAAAUAGUAUUUUAUUAUUUUAACU